UGCUGCCUGGAGGUCGUCGCUUGAGGAGGAAAGAGGAGAAGACGCCGCUGCCUUCCCGUGCUGUCUCUCGCCAUGUAUUCCCGGCUUUCCCUCCAGGCCGCUGCCUUGACCCUCCGGAGAGGCUUCACUUCCUCCUCCCAGAGCAAUGCGAAAGUGGCUGUGCUGGGUGCGUCUGGUGGAAUUGGGCAGCCUCUCUCCCUCUUGCUGAAGAACAGCCCCUUGGUCAGUCACCUGAGCCUCUAUGAUAUCGCACACACUCCUGGUGUGGCUGCCGACCUCAGCCAUAUCGAAACCAGAGCCGAAGUGAAAGGUUUUUUAGGACCCGAACAACUGCCGGAGUCGCUAAAAGGCUGCGAAGUUGUCGUGAUCCCUGCCGGAGUCCCUAGAAAACCAGGCAUGACCCGUGAUGACCUCUUCAACACAAAUGCCACCAUUGUAGCCAACCUGGCCACUGCCUGUGCCAAGCACUGCCCAGAGGCCAUGAUCUGUGUCAUUGCGAACCCGGUCAAUUCCACCAUCCCCAUUACUUCGGAGGUCUUUAAGAAGCACGGGGUGUACAACCCCAACAGAAUCUUUGGGGUCACGACGCUGGACAUUGUCCGAGCAAAUACUUUUGUGGCACAACUGAAGGGCCUGGAUCCAGCUCGAGUUAAUGUCCCAGUGAUCGGCGGCCAUGCAGGGAAGACCAUCAUCCCCUUGAUCUCUCAGUGUACGCCCAAAGUGGAGUUCCCUCAGGACCAGCUGACAGCCCUCACGGGACGGAUCCAGGAGGCUGGCACAGAAGUGGUCAAGGCCAAAGCUGGCGCAGGAUCCGCCACCCUCUCCAUGGCCUACGCCGGAGCCCGCUUCGUUUUCUCCGUCCUGGACGCCAUGAACGGGAAGGAAGGAGUCAUCGAGUGCUCUUUUGUCCGGUCCGAGGAAACGGAGUGCGCCUAUUUCUCCACGCCGCUGCUGCUCGGGAAAAACGGCAUUGAGAAGAACCUGGGCAUCGGCAAGAUCUCUCCCUUCGAAGAGAAGAUGGUUGCGGAGGCCAUUUCGGAGCUGAAGGCGUCCAUCAAGAAGGGUGAAGACUUUGCCAAGAGCAUGAAGUGAGGCGACCCCAGUGGGCCGCAAGCCCCCUUAAUUUAUUUUAAGGUGCAUCAUGUCACUUUAAAGGCGUCUGGAGGCAAAGCAAGGGGUUUGUUUUGCCCACCUAAAAAAAGGCCUUAGUGUUACCUGCCCUGUGAUCUGUCGAUUGGAAUUAUUUUCCUCAAUUAAAAGCCUCUCUUAUUUUUUUCA